CGUGUUUAUGUCGGUCCACGGGGGUUGCCUGUCCCUUUAAUUGGCAUGUACCAAGUCCUUCCAGGUCACAUUUCCUCCCUACGUCCCAGCCGUUUGGACUUACUGGCCAAAAGUCCAAGAGGACGGAAUGUGGAGACAGUGUUGUAUUUUUGCGGGGAGUUCUAGGCCGACCGGGAGCGAGAGAACGCUCGGGGGCGAAGCGCGCCAUUGCGGCCCUCCCCGCCGCCUGCCGUAGUCCAGUCCCAAGAUGGCGGCCACCAUGAAGAAGGCGGCUGCAGAAGAUGUCAAUGUUACUUUCGAAGAUCAACAAAAGAUAAACAAAUUUGCACGGAAUACAAGUAGAAUCACAGAGCUGAAGGAAGAAAUAGAAGUAAAAAAGAAACAACUCCAAAACCUAGAAGAUGCUUGUGAUGACAUCAUGCUUGCAGAUGAUGACUGCUUAAUGAUACCUUAUCAAAUUGGUGAUGUCUUCAUUAGCCAUUCUCAAGAAGAAACACAAGAAAUGUUAGAAGAAGCAAAGAAAAAUUUGCAAGAAGAAAUUGACGCCUUAGAAUCCAGAGUGGAAUCAAUUCAGCGGGUGUUAGCAGAUUUGAAAGUUCAGUUGUAUGCAAAAUUUGGGAGCAACAUAAACCUUGAAGCUGAUGAAAGUUAAACAUUUUAUAAUACUUUUUUUAUUUGUUUAAUAAACUUGAAUAUUGUUUAAAAUGAUAAUUUUCCUUCUUCAAAUGACAUGGAAAGCAAAACUUUCUUUUUUUAAAAUUUUCAUUUAUUUAAUGGAAACUUGCCUAUUUUCACGUCUGCUUAUUUAUUUUAUAUUUUUAAAAGAAGACAGUAUUCACCUGUGUAUUUUGCAUAACGAUUAUAUCAAGUCUAGGGGCUUCAUGUCAUGUUAUUAAAAUCAGUUAAGCAAUC